UAAACCAACGCUGAAGUCCAUAUAUGGAUCCGUUAACUAAUAGGGAGGUACCGACUGCAACGGAACUACCAUCACAGGAAAGGGAAGCGCAUCAUCAAAUACAGGACUCUGAGGAAACAGAUGGUGAUGCUGAUAACUUGCUCUUGUACCAGCAGCUGUACAGCUAUGCUACUCAAGGCAAAACAAAUAAAUUUCACGACACUAUUGAAAAGAAGCUUCGGGAUCCCAAUACUCGCGUUCAGUUUCUGUCUCGACGGAGCCCCCAGAAUAACACAUUCGUUCACAUAGCUGUGAGCUCCGGCCAUGUCGAACUAGCAGCCAAGAUCUUACAACAACACAAGCACCUUUUGUUAGAGAAAAACUUUGAAGGCGACACCGCUCUUCACAUUGCGGCCAAAGCUGGGGAUGUAGAUACGACAACAAACACUCUUCUGCGUGAAGCACAAGGAACCAUAAACGUUGAAAAUACUGGUGAUGUAUUGACGUUGCUGAGGAUGAAAAAUAAUGAGGAAAACACUGCCUUGCACGAGGCCCUGAUUCGAGGUCACCAAUUAGUAGCCAAGUGUUUGAUAGAGGCCGAUCCUGCCGUUUCACUUUACAUUAAUAAAGAACAAAAGUCCCCUUUGUAUUUGGCCGCUGAACAAGGGCUUGUUGAGAUAGUGAAGCUAAUAGAAGAAAAAGCAGUAAAGAAGAACACAGAAAUUCAAGGCAAGUCCCCGUUGUUUGCUGCAAUUCUAGGCUGCCAGAAAAAAGAAGUCCUAAAGAUAAUAUCAAACAUGGAAGCAAAUAUUUUGAACUCAAAAGAUGAGAAAGGGAGGACUCCACUGCAUUGUGCAGCAUCAAUUGGUUAUCUAGAAGGGGUUCGCUUCUUAGGCAAACGUCUCGUGGAUUCUCAUCGAAAGGAUAAUUGUGGGAACUUUCCGAUCCAUUUUGCAUCAAGCAAAGGUCAUGUCGACAUUGUUAAAGAGCUGCUUCUACAUUGUCCCGAUUCAAUGGAACUGAGGAACUCAAGUGACCAAAAUAUACUCCAUGUUGCAGCAAGAUGUGGCGAGGACAAUCUUGUCAAAUAUUUUCUCAAGAAUGUUGAGUUUCAAAUGUUGAUAAACCAAAAAGACAACAGAGGAAAUACUCCUUUGCACUUGGCAAAGAUGUACCAUCAUCCCAAGGUUGUGGACCUUUUCACUUUUGAUAGAAGGACCAACUUAAAGGUCUUGAAUGAUAAGGGCAUGACAGCUCUGGGCAUUUCAGAAAGCACUUUGGAAACUAGUGCAUCAUAUGAUGGGGUAAGUUUGUGCUAUAUCUACUUUUAUCAUAUUACUGAUGCUGAUGAUUCUGGCUAUCAUUACCAAGGGACUUCCUUGUUUUAUUUAGUGUGUUAGGUACAAGGAACUAAAAGGAGAAACAAGUCGUAGUAAUAAUAGUAAUAAUAA